CCGCCAUUGCUUGGAGGCUUUCGUCAGAGCCCGGCUGGCGCCGGCGGCUGGUCCAACCCCAGGGGCCCCGUCACUGGGCGUCAUUGGCUCAGGCAUCAGGGCCCUCAUCACCCUCUCCCGCCAGGGUCCGGACGGGCGGCUGCGGCGGUGGUGCCGUCGUCAGGGGGCGGAGCCGGCCUGGUUGCCCUUUGUCUGUGGAGGCGGCUGUUCAACCUGAAACUGCUCAACCAGGAGGCAGAUUUGAAUAUCAUAGUGAAGUCUGUACAUGAAGGAUUGAUGCCUUUAGAGAGAAAAACUAAUGUAAUAGCCACUUUCAGGAACCUCUGCAUCUCAACUCUGCAUGAACAAGGCAAGAUUCUGAGAGUGGCUGCUCCUGGCAAGCAGAAGUCAUUCUCAUGGAUAUCUACUGGCUCCUGACCCUCUCAUGAGUUGAGGCACCUUUAAUACCUGGGAGUGGCUGUUUCCUGUAAGGCACUGGGAAAAAUCAGCCUUCAGGGACUGACAAGGAUACUGAAGCUGCUAGUACUGGUAUAUCUCCUGACUGUCAUGCUAGAAGAGAACAAGGCUUUGGGGACAUUACAACUUAAGAACUGCAAAGAGGUGUAGUCAUCCUGGUGGAGGACUGAAUCCAGUAAUGCCUUCUCAGAAUGCUUUACUUUCCCAGGAGGGAAACAUGGAGAAGGAAAUGAAUGUUGGAUCACAGAUACAGUGGUCUCAGGAAUCACUGACAUUCCAGGACGUGGCUGUGGACUUCACCAGAGAGGAGUGGGACCAGCUAUACCCUGCUCAGAAGAACCUCUACCGAGACGUGAUGCUGGAGAACUAUAGAAACCUGGUUGCACUGGGGCAUCAACUUUAUAAGCCAGAGGUGAUCACUCAGCUGGAGCAGGAGGAGCAGUGGAUGAUGGAAAUAGACAGCCCACCAGACACUCAUCCAGAUGGGGAGAAUAGUCCAGAAAUUAAAAAAUCAAAUCAGAAUAUUUCUGAUGAAAAUAAAACCUGUGACAUGCUAAUGGAGAGAUUAACAGGAGACAGUUUUUGGUACUCCAUCUUAGGUGGACUCUGGGAUUUUGAUUACCGGUUAGAAUCUAACCAAGAAAACCAGCAGAGACAUUUAGGACAAGUAUCUUUCACCCACAAAAAGAUCACACAGGAGAGAAGCCUUGAAUGUAAUAGAUUUGGGGAAAACUAUAAUCUGAACUCAAACCUUGUUAUGCAUCAGAGAAUUCCUUCAAUUAAAAUACCCCUUAAUUCUGACACACAAGGAAAUAGCAUCAAGCAUAAUUCAGACUUGACUUACUAUCAGGUAAACUAUGUAAGAGAGAAUCCUUAUGAAUAUAAUGAGUGUGGAAAAAUCUUCAAUCAACAUAUUCUUCUUACUACCCGUAUUCAUACUGAGGGGAAACCCAGUGAAUGUGGGAAGGCCUUCAGCCAAAACUCAUCUCUUACUCAACCUCAGAUAGUCCUCACAGGAGAGAAGCCCUAUAAGUGUGAUGAAUGUGGGAAAAGAUUCAGCCAGAGGAUACAUCUUAUUCAACAUCAGAGAAUUCACACAGGAGAAAAACCUUUUAUAUGCAAUGAAUGUGGGAAAGCCUUCCGUCAACAUUCAUCCUUUACUCAACAUCUGAGAAUUCAUACUGGAGAGAAGCCCUAUAAAUGUAAUCAGUGUGGUAAAGCCUUUAGCCGUAUCACAUCCCUUACAGAACAUCAUAGACUUCAUACUGGAGAGAAACCUUAUGAAUGUAGUUUUUGUGGGAAAGCCUUCAGCCAAAGGACACAUCUUAAUCAGCAUGAGAGAACUCAUACAGGGGAGAAACCCUAUAAAUGUAAUGAAUGUGAAAAAGCCUUCAGCCAGAGUGCACACCUUAAUCAACAUAGGAAAAUCCAUACUCGGAAGAAAUUAUGUGAAUAUAAUAAAUGUGAGAAAACCUUAAGCCACAGUCCUCCACUUACUCCUCAGCACGUAACUCAGAAUUUUUAGCUUUGUCCUGGCGGGGGUGGGGGUGGAGUAAGGGACUCAUAUGAAUAUAUAAAUGUAGGAAAAUUUUGGUCAGACCUUUUCAUCCCAUGCAAUAUCAUAUUAUUCAUAGUGGGGAGAAUGGUUAUAGAUAGACUUUUAAUGUGUAGAAGCCAAAUAAAUUUAGGCCUUUAACUAGUAGCAUAUUAUAUUCCCAGGAGAGGUUAUAAAUAGUGAGAGUAAUUUAUUUUAUAAACAAGAUUAUAUGAGGAGUCAUGUUCCAAAACUUUUCUUAAUGACCAGAAAUCCUGUAGGCAAUAACCUAUGAUUAUUCCCCUGUGAUUUUUAUAGCAUAAAGUUUUAAAAUUAUAUAAACAUUGAUUAAUCAAGGCAAUGAUAUAGUAUAACCAGUCACAUAAACUUGAAAUAAACAGAAAAGAGCAAUAUUUCUUAAACUU